GCUUAUGAUGGAUUGUCAGGAAGUUGGAAUUAUGUUCUCAUUAAUAUAACGAGAUAAACAAACCUUCUUGUUAACUUAUUAUCAUUUUUGACAGUUCUUACUAGUUAAAUCUAUCUGCCCCCCAGGGUUCUUCCAUAUCCAGACAUCAAGUGACUUGAUUGAGUUUUGUGUUAAGGACAUCAAGUGCAAGCAUGGCUGGAGAACAGUUUUCUCUGGUUUGGAACAGCUUUCCCAGGAAUUUAUCAUCUGGACUUUACACGCUUUUAACAGAUGAGCAUCUCGUCGAUGUGACUCUUGCAGCUGAGGGCCAAAUAUUAAGGGCACAUAAAUUAAUAUUAUCAGUUUGCAGUACGUACUUCAGAGAACUUUUUAAGGGUAAUUCUUGUAAACAUCCCAUUGUCAUUCUAAAGGAUGUAAACUAUCGUGAUUUAUCAGCAAUGCUACAUUUUAUGUAUCAAGGUGAAGUUAGUAUAAAGCAGGAAGAUAUAGCAAGCUUUUUAAAAGUUGCCGAAACCCUUCAAAUCAAAGGCCUUACAAAGGACAUUGAUAAAGAUAAACUGGCACAUGAUACUGAUGAUUUGGAGAAUCUUUUACGCGAUGAACCUGUAGGAGAUAUGUCCACAAGGCGCAGUAUAUCUCAUAUGUCCAUCGAGAAGCAAUUCAGACCACCUGACAAGUCACAACGAUCACCAGAGCCAAAUAGUUCGCACAACGCAAAGGCAGCUUUUUCAGAAGAUGACAGGAUCACUUCAAAUCAACCAAACCAUCCAGGCAGUGAUAUGGAACCCGAAAAUGUUAUGAAUGAACUUCAUAUAUUUAAUGAACGAUGUGAAAAUGUUGAGGAUUUAUCUAACAUCAGAGAAGAACCUUUAGAUUAUACGUCAGACAUAGGAAGGACAUCCAGAACGAAACACGAGCCCCUAGACUAUACGUCAGACGUCGACGGGGAUCCCAGUUACAGAAAUUAUCCUAUCCAUGAACCAUUGAUCCAACGCCGAGAAGACACUUUACAGAGACCAACUGAUGAUUCCUAUUAUCCCCAAGACUUUGUGCCAAACUCUAAGCUAACACCAUACAAUUCCAACUGCCAAGAAGAAUCCCUAGGUUACACUAAUAUCGAGGCAGCCCUUCGAGGAGACUUUCCUUAUGACCCGAGCUUAUCCAAAGGUCGGCGAACUGUCAAAGGAAUUCCUGGAAGUAGUCUGCCUCUGGAGACGACGCUUAGGGUGGUCUCAGAAUUGAGUCCUACGCUACGUAUGGAACGCGGCAAGGUAAUACGAAUGUACUCUUGUCCAUGGUGUCUACGACAUUUUACCAGGAAAGAAAACCUUAAACUACACGUCCGCUAUAUUCAUGGACCACUUGAAAGUCUCACGUGUAAAUUGUGCGGGAAUAAAUAUAAAAACAGCAACAGUCUUCGGGUCCAUUCGUACCUUUAUCAUAACGCUAAACGAAAUAAAGAUAAUAAACCGCCGCCAUCGCUCAAUGGAAAUGUCUGAUAGACAUCAACAAAUGCCAGCUGUACUAUCAAUCACUAGAGUAGUAUCAACGAAGAAUGACAUUGUUAUAUAUAUUAUAUAUAUACAUAUAUUAGAUAUGUAGUAAACUGAAUAAAAUUAUUAUAUUUAUACGAGGA